CAAACCCAAAAUCUGGCUCGCGCAAGAAAGGCAAGAGCUCCAAUCAAUAAGCAUCAAAGAUAGAUUGCUCAACUAAUAGCUGUCAGCUUAUCUGUCACGCCAUCACAGCUGUGUGACCUUCCACAGUCCGCUCCUCUACCAGGUACCGGUAACCACGUAACCACAUCAUCGUAACCCACUUGCAUUAGUCUAGCUAGCUCUCUCCUUGCACAAUCUGGCUCUUUUGCGUUUGAUCAAAGAAGAGCCCGAAAGCCAAUUUGCAUUUGUAAAUACCACCGGUAAGUCGAGAAUAAAGGCUGGCUACCGUACCGUGAAAAGAUCAGGGGUUCUCGACUCGACUGGAUGCCACUGCUGCUCUUUAGUCUAGUUAGAAAAGAAAAGGAAGACAUUGUAGGUUGAAACGAACGCAAAACAGGUUCAGUAUGGAUGAAGCAGAUGCACUUCAAAAGGCAGUUGUCAACCUGGUUUUGGCAGACCCUGAUGAAAAGGGCAAGGAAAUCGAUGCUGCUAAGGAUACCAAAACGGUAAGAGAUACCAAUAGCAAUGGAACCGACCUGGAAAUGGGGGCGGGCAAGCAGACAGAAGCACAGGGUAAGACGGAAGCCCAGGCCAAGACAGAAGCCCCCGCGAAGACUGACGGCACGGCCACUGAUGGUAGUGGCCAUGAAGCAGAGGUGGACGAGAAACGUCCUUCAGAAGCCACAGGUUGUCAGGCACUUCAGCCAACCCUGCUUCGGAGAGACCAGCGCCAAUCCUCCAAUUCCUCCUUGCCGGGAGCGUUUCCGGUUGCGUCCAGCCUCCAUAUUGCACCCCCCAUUGAGGAGCAAUCGGCGGAAACGGACAGCAAUGAAGAAGAAGAAGAAGCCGAUAUGGACCCGUCUUCCCACAACGAGCUAGGAUUGGCGCCACAACAGGAUCGUUCCAGUUUGUUGCUGGAAGCCGUGGCAGUGGAAGAUGACAGGGCUCAGAUGCAAGAGGAGAUUCGGCAGCAGGUUCUUCAAGAGGCAGUCCAUGCCGAUGUGGUGGUCACUGAAGGACCCAACGAGCAACGAACGACCCUAUUCAUCUUGGCUGUAGUUGGCGUCCUGGCUGUGGCGCUUGGUUUGGGGUUGGGCUUUGGAUUGUCGGGAAGGAACAACAGUCCCGACGCUAGUAUGGAUGCAAGCUCCAAUGCUGAAAACCCAGGGAUUCCGCCAAGCAACGGUACCAUCAUCGAACAGCCCAUUGUCGAUGAUCGUCCCACACUGGAGCUAGUCCAAGAAAGGGGAUACGUGAUUUGUGGAUUGGGCGAGUUCAACGACUGGGACCCCGAAAAGGAACAGCUCACAGAAGCCCUGGGAGCUCAAUACUGUAAAGCCAUGGCCUUGUUGGCAUUGGGAGAUCCCGAAAAGGUCCAACCGUUGUGGGUCACAUCGGCUACCCGAUUCGAGCUUGUCAAGAACCGAAGUGUUGACAUUGAGAUUUUUGGAACCACCCACAACAUGGCACGCGAUGUGCAUGAGGGAGGCAGUCAAGUUGGAUUCUCCUUUCCCGUGCCCUAUCUGUACUCGGGCUUGACAUUGGCGGGGAAACCUCUCUACGUCGAUUGUGCCGAGCGGUUGGAUAGUUUCAAUGGGGAAUGUCGCAAUUUGAAGAUAUGCGCCGAGCAGUACACCACGCACCAAGAUCGACUGUUGGAGUUGUUGGAUGCCAGUGCCAUUGUGGCGGGCCGAGUGGAAGGAUCCAGCUCGUUUGCGUCCAGUUUGCAAUCGGGGGAAUGCAAUGUUGUUGCCGGGGAGCCGCAGGCGCUGGGACGGGUGCGAAACAAUGGCAUUUACACGGGAGAAUGGGUCAUGGCGUCCAAGUUCUUUUCCAAAGAACCACUGGCGUUUACAACCAGGGAGAAUGAUCCGCACUGGACGACCAUGGCCAACAUUGUGGUGAAUGCGUUCUUUGUGGCAGAGGCACGAAAUAUUUCUGCUACAGAAGCGGGCCAAGAACUUGCUACAAGUCAAUCGAGAAGCAGUGGGCUACGUGCAAGGCAGCGACAACCGGUGGACUUGGAAGGUUUUCUGGACGAGCUCGUGGAUUACUUUGGACACCAUGGGGAUCUCUUCCGAAAAGGCAUGGAACCUGUCAUUGGUCCACGUGUUGCUGGUCUGAACAAUGUGUACACCACAAACUCCACAACUGGGCUGUUGUACUCGUUGCCAUUUGGCAAGCUGGUCGAAGUUGGUCCAGGACCCGUCCCUAAUGGUACGUUGGAUGCAGUGCAACAGCGUGGCUACCUGAGCUGUGGAGUGUUGCCGAACCGUGGUCCUGCCUUUGCCAAGUGGGAAGAGACGGCAGGAUGGUCGGGUUUUGAUGUAGCGUUCUGCCGGGGCAUAGCUGCUUCUAUCUUCUUUGGUGAUGCUGCUGAUAAGGUUGUCUAUGUUGAGAUGGUGGACCAGACGGAGUCGUACCAAGCCUUGCAGAAUGGCUCAGUCGAUUUGGUUGCGGGUGCCCGUGUGUCGCUACAAACGGAAUACCAUGAGCCAACCACUGGCCAGGGGUACUCCUUUAGCACCCCGUGCUACUACGACAAUGACAGCAAGGAUGCGUAUGCCUUCAUGACCCGAAAAGACGAUGUGCAAUGGAGCGACUUUCUGUUUUGGAUAGUCCAAGCCACGAUCUUCGCAGAAGAGGAAGGCAUCACAUCCCAGAAUCCACAAGCAAUGCCGGCAGUGUUUCUCUAUGGCGACCAGCUCAAACAAAUGUUUCGGGAUUGCAUUUCUGCGAUUGGUUCCUAUGCUGAGCUGUACAACAAUACGAUUGAAGAAUACAUUCCCCGAUCAGGCGCCAACCGGCUGAACGAGGGGCUGUCUGGAUCACAGCUGUAUCCAGUCCCCUUGAAGUAGUUCUCUUGGCGGCAUCGGACGCAGGUCUGAUGAGGAAGACAUGUUGACAUGCGCUGCCUUGGCUCCUCGUUUGGUUCAGCCCGUUCGAGGUUUGUCCCUGUGUAAUGUGGAACUUUAGCUUGUUUUGUGUACGGCAGGCCAUCUCCUCAAGUUCGAACCCAAUGGAAAGUGUCGGGUUUGGUUCAUCUGGAGAUGGACGCUUUGGAACGCAGUGCGUCACUGAAGCAGCAGCGCAAGGGAGAAAAUGCCGUCCACCUAGCUAGGCGGUCUUUUCACGUUUCGGCAAGCAACGGCAGCAAGUGCCCAGAGUAGAAGAACGACCGAGAAAUCCCUCCUUUAUCAGUUCCAAGCGUGGAUGCAAGCAAGCCUUUAGGGUUGCCAUCUUCCAUGCGAUUUCCAAAGUUGGGGACUUCGCCUUACCAACGAACACCAAGUCUUGCUAGGGCCACAGAAACGGCGAACAGGAGGCGAACCUCCAACAAAGUCGUAAAUAUCAGAGCGGGCUAUUCGGUUCCAGCGACCUCAAUGGCCGCUUCAUCAAGGGAGAGGUGAACUCGAACUUCGUCGAUCAGAAGGGGCAGAUCGAUUAUGUUUUCUCGUUGGCUCUUUCAGCCACCAACAAGCAUAGCUAGGAGACACCUACUAUAGUACAACCCAAGUCUACCUU